UCAAAAUAUGAUUUUCUGGUAAGAUAACAACGAUAUUGAGCAUGUAACAUAACGUAAUAUAUGCACAUAAUUUAAGAGCCGGCCCAUCCUCUGGUGAUUUUUAUUGGGUUUAGAGAGGAGAAGAGAGAGAGGUGAGAAAGCAAAAAUCCCAUCUCCAUUGUUGCCAAAUUUGAACAUAUAUCCAAUUGAAUUCCUGUCUGUUUCAGUUUCCAGGAAUUAUUUUGUUGUUGUGGUGGUUGUUAUUGCCUGUUGCUGUUAAGGCUUUCUCUUUCUCUCAUGGGUUCUGCUCUGACACUCAAAAAGUUCUGAGAGAGGCUUCCUUAAGGCUGAAGCUCUUUAGGAUUUUUGCAAUGGGUUUGAAUAGACCUCAAAAGCCUGGCAAUGGAGUUUCUACCAGAUGGGUUUCGUUCUUUUGCAUUGCCAGCUUCUUCUUGGGAGUACUUGUUGUCAACAGAUUUUGGGCUAUUUCUGAUCCAGUCAAAAUGAAUGAGGAGGCUAUUUCUGUACAGAAACAUCAGAGAAAAGAAGUUCAUCACAUAGUUAAUUGUGAUAAGGCAAGUUUAGAGUGCAAAGAUGCUUCUGUUCAGGCAGGUGAUAUUCUUUCUCAAGUUUCACAAACUCAUGAUGUAAUUAUGACAUUAGACAAAACAAUCUCCUCAUUGGAGAUGCAGCUAGCUGCAGCUAGAGCAGCCAAAGCAGAUAGUGAGGAAGGAUCUCCAAUGGUUACAAAAUCAGGAAUUGAGAGCUUGAAGGAACGCCAGAAAGUUUUCUUUGUUAUGGGAAUUAUCACUGCAUUCAGCAGUAGAAAACGACGGAACUCAAUCAGGGAAACUUGGAUGCCUCAAGGGGAGGAAUUAAAGAGGCUGGAGAAAGAGAAGGGAAUUAUAAUGCGAUUUGUCAUAGGACACAGUGCAACCCCAGGUGGUGUUUUGGACCGUGCUAUUGAUGCUGAAGAAGAGCAACACAAGGAUUUUUUGCACCUGAAUCACAUAGAAGGUUACCAUGAAUUGUCAUCAAAAACCCAAAUAUACUUUUCCACAGCUGUUGCUAAGUGGGAUGCUGACUUCUAUAUUAAAGUCGAUGAUGAUGUACAUGUAAAUCUGGGUAUGGUCGGUUCUACACUGGCCCGUCACAGAUCAAAACCACGUGUUUAUAUUGGUUGCAUGAAGUCUGGACCUGUUCUGGCACAGAAAGGGGUUAAGUACCAUGAGCCAGAAUAUUGGAAAUUUGGUGAGGAGGGAAACAAGUAUUUUAGGCAUGCAACUGGACAAAUAUAUGCAAUCUCCAAAGACUUGGCCACCUAUAUCUCAGUUAAUCGGCACAUACUUCAUAGAUAUGCAAAUGAAGACGUCUCUUUGGGUUCCUGGUUUAUUGGUCUUGAUGUUGAGCACAUAGAUGAUAGAAGUCUCUGCUGUGGUAGUCCCCCUGAUUGUGAGUGGAAAACUCAAGCAGGGAAUCCUUGUGCUGCAUCAUUUGAUUGGAGCUGCAGUGGCAUUUGCAAGUCUGUGGAGAGAAUGGAGGAGGUGCACCAGCGUUGUGGGGAGGGUGAUGAAGCCAUCUGGCAUACAAGCUUCUGAAAACAUUCAACUAACCUGGUUGUAAUAUAUUUGUCUAUGUUUGAUCAAUGCUGUGCGUCAAACAACCCCGUCUGCCCUGAUUUUUGCCUAUCAAUGGCUCGGGACAGUUGGUACAGGAUUACAUUAAUUAUUGCACAUAUUCUCAUUUCCCCCAAAAAACAAAAAUGAAAAUCUAUUAGUUUUAAAGUUUCAUUCACUUUAACUGAUUGAUGACAGCAGGUUGGCAUUGUUGUACAAUGCAUUUGGAGGUUAGAUCAAAACCAUUUAGACAGGAGCAAAGCACAUCAUGAUUUGCUUAUAUCAAAGAUGUUAUACUUACCAUCUUUCAUUGGCGGACCCAUACGGCCUUGUUAGGUGAAAGAAACGCUUUCUUGGGCCCGGGAAGAGCUACUUUCGAAGUUUUGAUAUAGGCUUGAGGAUGUUGACAUGACCAAGUCACGAGAGCUCGAUGAUCAAUCAAAAGGGAAGCAGAUUUGAUGCCUUGGCCAUAUUCUCAAUGUCAAUAGGGAACAGUCGAUUUCCUUUAAUUUUUUGGCUGUGUUCAACAUAUUAGUUUAAUCAAACAAACGCCAUAGAUUUGUUCGUGGUUAUGACCUUGCCUCCUUUAUGGCAU